AUGCUGGCCAGUGGCAACGGAGGCGUCGCAGAACUGCGUGCAGAGGUCAGCGAGUAUGAUGAGCAGAGUCCUCUCUACGGCUUCCUCAAAUAUCGGAGGAGAAACGUCCUCAUCAAGUACCUACCAGAAGGUUGUUCGCGUCUAAUACAAGCUCGCGUCGCCGUCCACUUCAACGCAGUCUGCGACCGCUUCUCACCUUACGACUCUCAAUUUGACAUCACCACCCCCGAGGAGCUGCGUGACUCCAAAUUGUCCACCGCAUGCUCCCUCCACACCGCCUCGGCUUCCUCCAGCUCAAGCUCCGGCUCCCUUCGCAGGAAGCAUCUUAUGGAGAUUGCUGAGGAGGACGAAGACGAUCCAGAUCAAGACCAGCAACAGCCUGCCAAACGUCAGUCCCUCAUAAAGGAGAAGGACUCCGUCGAAAGACCUGCCACGCCCAAGAAGCACUCACAACAGCGUCAGCGACAAGUCGAUCAGGACCCCGUCAAGCUAGACGCUGACCUUGCCUCCUCACCCGAGCACUCCAAGUUCUCCGCCCCCAACACCUCCGAGGUUCCCAGCUUCGUCGGUGCCGUCGAUAGCAUCGACGCCGCCACCGCCGCCGCCGCCGCCGACGACGACGACGACGACGACGACGAUACAGCUGAUCCCGCCCGUCGACUAUCGUCACAGUCUGGCCGGCCAGAGGUCUUCACGUCGUACUCCUCCUACUCAUCCUACUCAUCCUUUGGCAAGGCCAAGGUCAAGCUCGGUCCCAGGCCGUCCCUCGACUCGGCCAACACCCGCCCCCAGACGGCAGGUAACUUCCGUCCCGUCUCCUCCAUCCCGGCCGGCUACAAGCUUCUCGGCAACAAGCACGCGCAGGGCUCCGCAAAGAAGUCGUCCUCGCGUCCACGCAAAGACAGUACCCAGGCUAUGACCCCUGAGAAGGCACGGCUCAAGAAGGCAAUGCAGAUGCGAGAGAAGAGAAAGAAGGCUGCCGCUACCGCUGGAACACAACCCAUCCCAGACGUACCGACAUCGACAACGACAACGACAACAACAGCAGCAGCAGAAUCAACAUCCACACCCACCGGAGCAGGUAUUGACGAAGACGCCGUCGAGGCAACGAUCACCAUCGAAGAGAUAACAUCAGCAUCCACAGACGAGGAGAACGAAGCCAUGACCAAGUCAGACUCGGGUGUAGCUAUCGACACGUCCAACAAGGAGAUGGACGGCGCCUCGGAGACGACACCAGACCAGUCACAGUCCGAGUCGGGCCCCUCCAGCCCGGCCAUGGGUCAGCAGUCGACCAACGCCUCGUCGGUGUCCGAGGUCACGGCUGCCGGCGACGAGGAGGACAAGACCUCGGACACUUCCCUGUCGAGCGGCUCGACACCGAAGCCAUCCGAGGCGCAACGAUCGGAAGACGCCCCCCCUUCCGCGGAAGCAGACCCGGCUGGACCCGACGACGGUCAGGGUGAGACGCCGACUGUGACGCGAGACAUCGCACCGGCGACCGCGGCAGCCGGCGGGCCGACCACGACCAGGCAGCUUCAGCCUCGCAAGUUCGUCGAACCCAUCCGGACCGACCUGGCCAACAACCGGCCGACGUCGAUGAACUUCUCCGACAGCGAGAGCCUACUCGAGGAGCUGCAGAGCGCCACGGUCCAGGAGGCCAAGCCCAUGCUCAUGGCCAAGACGCCUCGCACACCCAGCUUCCCCAUCGGCCCUGCCAUGUCGGGGCCGGCGGAUGGCACCGAGACGUCCACGUCGCCGGGGGCCAGGCCCGUGUCCAACGGCAAGCCGUACGCGGUUCGGACCGUGUCCAACCCCGUCCGCGGCACCAGCAGCGGCGGCGGCGACGGCACCGGACCUGCACGCGCCGUCAGCCAGGGAGGUGCCGCGUACCUCAGCCAGGUGACGCAGCAGCGCGGCGGGGACGCGGCCCUCGCCGCCAAGAAGUCCAGCAUGAUGGGCUCGAGCAUCUCGCAGCGCAUCAAGGCCCUCGAGCAGCUGUCGGCCAAGGGGGGCGACGCCCCCGGCCCCGGCGGCGGCGGCAGCAGCCUCGCCGCUCCGUCGUCGGCCCCCCGGCCGUCGUCCACCUUCUUCUCCGUCAAGAAGGACCGCGUGCCCUCGCGGUCGCCGUCGGUGGUCGACAGGACCAGCUCCCUGUCGGGCGAGCAGCGGGCCGGUCGUCCCACCACGGCCCAGUCCAGGGACGUGCUGCCCGACGGCACGCUGCGUCCGGCGCGGGACCGCUCCAGCUCCAUCUCCAGCCGGCUGUCCAUGUUCGAACCGACCACCUCGCCCGUGGGCACGCCGCGCGGACGUCCGGAGACGGUAUCCGUGACGGCCAAGAUCCUCCGCGACUCGCCGCCGGGGCAGCAGCAGCAGCAGCCACAACAGGACCAUCCGGACCUGAAGCAGUCGCCCCUCCUGGUGAAUCACCAGCGCUCCUCGUCGACCAUGUCCCACGUGGCGGCCGAGGCGGCGGCGGCGGCGGCGGCGGCGGCGGCAGCUGCCCAGUCGGCGGACCACGCACCGUCAGACCACCAGCUGGACAUGCAGGCGCGGCGGUCGUCGUCGUCGUUCAGCAUCAUGCGCGACUUCAUCAAGGAGGGCCGCAAGCCGACGGCCAUCAGCUCCCCGUCCACGGACAACCUGGGGCUGGGCCUGACGUCGCCCACGCUGUCCAGCAGCGGCAACAGCUUCACGCGUCGCCUGUCCAUCGGCGGCAGCAGCCAUCGGUCCCAGAGCAAGGACCGCAACGACGUGACGUCGGACGACGAGACGCGCUCCCAGAGCGACAAGAAGAAGUCGCGGGCCACGCGCUUCAUGCACCGCCUGUCCUCGCUCUCGGGCUCCAGUAGGGGGAGCAAGAUGUCGUCCCCCACGGCCAGCGGGACCCCCACCACCGUCAGGGAGGAGGCGGCGGCCGGCAUCACGGCCACGCUCCUGCCGCCCAUCAACCCCUCACCCUCGGCCAGCCAGCCCCUGGCCCCGCCUCCGGCCGCGGACCCGUCGGCCCCGUCGAUCGUGUCGGCCAUGGGCGACGUCAACGUGCAGUUCCCGGACACGCUGCUCUGGAAGCGCAGGGACAUGUGCCUGGACUCUCAGGGCUUCGUCGUCUUCUCGACCACGCCGGCGGGCAGGCCGCAGUCCCAGCACGCCAGCUCGCAGCUCCAGCAGAGGAACAGGCGCUUCCACCUGGCCGACUUCAAGACGCCGGCCAUACCCGACGUCGAGGUGCAGGAGCUGCCCAACAGCGUGGUGCUGGAGAUUGUGGGCGGUAGUGCCGUCCAGGUGGCCUGCGAGUCUAGGUCUGGUCAGAUGAGCGUUUUGAAGACGCUCCGAGAUGCUCACGCCACCUAUGCCGGACAAUAG